AAGUUAGAGUAAUAUUCAACAUCAUUUUUUUAAUUCAACUCGUCAAAAAUAUAUUCAAAAUUUACAUAUAAAUUAACCAGUUAAUUUAUUCUUUUAUAACUAUGUUUCAUUGUCAUUAUGUUACAUAUACAUAAAAAUGCCUCGACCUUCGUUAAAUUCAUCUAAAACCGGACUUGUUGGCGAAAGUCGUAAAGCAUCAAACAAAUCGUUUAAAUUUAAAAAGUCAAUAUCUACGGCAAGUGGCAAAUGUAAUUCAAAAAGUCCAGACCGAUUAGUGGGAGGAGCAGAUGCCCCCGUAGAAACUGAAGAUGCAACAGAAGAAGUUACACAGGAAACUUUACACGAAGCUACACAGGAAACUGUACAGGAAACCGUUCACGAAACCGUUCAUGAAACAACUACCUCGACAGAACAAAAUGGACAAAUUACAUUUCCAAGUGGACCAUGCUGCUCUUGCCUUGGACAAGAACCAGGAUCAACUGGAGACAAGAAGGUGGAUGAAAUGAUCGACUAUGUGCACCAAAAUUUACAAGAAGCUGGUAAAGCAUUGGCCACCUUAAGCGAGAAUUUUGAGCACGAAACAAAGUUGAUGUUCGUCGAUAUACUGGGCAAAAUACAGCAGUGGACUAGUCUAGUACAGAACAAGUUGGACCUUUGUAAAGCGGAUAUUGAAGCUUUGCGUAAAGAACUAAUGGCACGAGCUUGUGAAAUUGCCAAUCUCAGAAAAUUAUUGGCAGAAUGCAGGGAGCGUGAAGCAGCUCAAAAGCAAGUUACUCAUACAGUUGCACAAGAAGAAGUUACGCACACACCGGAAGCACUGAAAACGGAAACAGUUCAUGAACCAGUGCACGAACCGAAAGAAGUAGAACAAGUAGUAGAGAAAGAAGAGGUUAAAGAAAAGGUUGAGGAGAAAGAGGUUGAAGAAAAGGCUGAUACGAAAAUAGAAAUUGUUUGUACAGACGCAGCUAUUCAGUCGAUCAUGAAAGACAAAGAUAGAAUGAGACGUGAAAUGGAGCUGGAAGCUGAAAUAGAUAGGCUUCGCAAGGAGAACGAGCGUAUCAUAAAAGAACGUGCGGAAUAUGAAAACGCGAUACAAAGAGCAUUAUUGAGAGGUGUUUCUUCUUUGAAUGUCGAAGCACUGAGAGUUCUACGUUGUCCACCGAUUCCAUGUUGCAGUCCAUGUGCACCUUGUCCUGCCACUGCUAUGAAACCAUCGGUUUGCAAGAAGGACAGUCGGUCUACGUCCAAAGGUCACGGCAUGCAACGUAGUUGUAACAGAAAAAAUGGUGCUCAGGAAGUUUGUUCUCACACUAUAAAGCGACCUUGCGACAGUCCUUGCUGCUUCUCUAAAAACCGGAAAUCUGUAUCUAAUAAUAGUAUGAUCUUACUUCUUCAUCGGGAUGACACGGAGAAUAUUUGUAGUACGAAGAGCACCGUGCCACCAGUUUGUGGAUCACCAAUGAUGAAGAAAAUCGAAAUACCACCGUGUCCUAGAUUCAUUUGAUAAUUAUAAGAUUCAUUCCUUGUUACAUAUUGAUAGCAAACUUCGAUUAUGUUAUUUUCAGACAGAUCUAUUGUAUUUAAUUUAUGGUUAAAAUUUAAAUUCUUUUGUACUGUAUGUCAUCGUAAGCGCUAACUAAACUUUGAGGCCUAUAUUUUAUUCAGAAUUUUCCAAAGAAUUAAUCUGCGUAAAAAAUAAUAUAGCGAACUUGUAAAUAAUUUUCAGGCGAUGAUGUAAGAGUACAUUCUCAUGGAAUUUGUUAUCGUUAUGAAAAAUCGAUUUGAACGCGCGUGAAUAUGACGGUAUGAAUUUUCAUACAAUCGCUAAUAAACAUGAUUAUUCGUCA